AUGCUCUCCGGCAUUCUGAUUUUCAAUCAGAAGGGCGAGAACCUCAUCUUCCGUGCCUUCCGAAACGACUGCCGCCCCCGCCUCGCCGACGUCUUCCGCAUCCAGGUCAUCUCCAACCCCCAGGUCCGCUCGCCCAUCCUCACGCUCGGCAGCACCACCUUCAGCCAUGUCAAGCACGAGAACAUCUACCUGGUGGCCAUCACCAAGAGCAAUGCCAAUGCCGCGCUCGUCUUCGAGUUCCUCUACCGCCUGAUCCAGCUCGGCCGGGGCUACUUUGGCAAGUUCGACGAGGAAGCUGUCAAGAACAAUUUCGUGCUGGUUUACGAGCUUCUGGAUGAAAUCAUCGACUUUGGAUACCCUCAGAAUACCGAAACCGACACCCUCAAGAUGUACAUCACCACCGAAGGCGUCAAGUCCGAGCGCGCGGCCGAAGACUCUGCGAAGAUCACAAUGCAGGCUACCGGCGCGCUGUCUUGGAGGAAGGCCGAUGUCCGAUACCGAAAGAACGAGGCGUUCGUCGAUGUCAUCGAGGAUGUCAACCUGCUGAUGUCUGCCACGGGGACUGUGCUUCGUGCCGACGUUACCGGCCAGAUCAUAAUGCGCGCAUAUCUCUCGGGCACGCCAGAAUGCAAGUUCGGACUCAAUGAUCGUCUCUUGCUGGACCAGGACGGGCUUCAGUCGCUGCCGAGCGGAAACCGGCUAGGAACUAAAGCUACGAAAGCGGCUGCUGGAAGUGUCACGCUGGAGGACUGUCAGUUCCACCAGUGUGUCAAGCUGGGGAAAUUCGACUCGGACCGCAUCAUCUCCUUCGUUCCGCCCGACGGCGAGUUCGAGCUCAUGCGGUACAGGGCGACCGAAAACGUCAACCUGCCAUUCAAGGUACACGCCAUCGUUAAUGAAGUUGGCAAGACCAAAGUGGAAUUCAGCAUUGGCGUCAAGGCCAACUUUGGAAGCAAGCUUUUUGCGACGAAUGUGGUGGUUCGCAUACCAACGCCGCUGAACACGGCUCGCAUUACGGAGCGCACCACACAAGGAAAGGCCAAGUACGAACCGAGCGAAAACCAUAUUGUGUGGAAGAUUGGUCGCUUCACCGGCCAGAGCGAGUUUGUUCUCAGUGCCGAAGCCGAACUCACGAGCAUGACAAACCAGAAGGCCUGGUCACGGCCACCGCUAAACUUGAGCUUCAGUCUACUCAUGUUUACCAGCUCCGGCCUACUAGUGCGAUAUUUGAAGGUGUUUGAGAAAAGCAACUAUUCAAGUGUGAAAUGGGUGCGAUAUAUGACAAGAGCAGGAUCUUACGAGAUUCGGUAA